ACUACUCUGCCUCGAUUGUCGUUCCAAGUUGCGUGCCCAAUUUUCCAACAAUUGAUAAUUUACAGGUCUCCCUUAGCUCAGAUAUGAUUAUACAGUCUCAACUUUCAUAGUUUCUUGUUUUACGACUUGAAAAGAUAACGCCUCUAAUGGCAGAGCGUUCACAGUUCGAUCAUGAUCGCGUUCUUGCUCAUAAAUUCCCUGAGUCAACGUACGUUUAUACCGAAAGAGAUGCAGCAAUUUAUGCCUUGGGCGUUGGAGCUUGUGGUCGCGAUGCCAUUGAUGCUGACGAGCUCAAAUAUGUUUAUCAUGAAAAUGGGCAGCAAUCUAUUCAGGUCUUGCCAACAUUUGCUGCUCUACUUUCACUUGGAUCGAUGACAAAUGGUAUAGAUUUGCCUGGCCUGCAAUAUGAUCCACGUCUUCUUCUGCAUGGACAGCAAUAUAUAGAACUGUAUAGGCCAUUUCCAUCAAGUGCAUCGAUACAAAAUAAAGUUAGUCUCGCUGGAUUGCAUGACAAAGGUAAGGCAGCUAUUGUUGAGAUUGAAACAAAAAGUUAUGAGAAAGAGUCUGGUGAAUUAUUAUGCAUGAACAGAUCAACUAUUUUUCUUCGAGGUGCUGGUGGCUUCUCAAACUCAACUCGCCCAUAUUCUUACUCCAAUUAUCCAAACAACCAGGUUGCAGCUGCUAAAAUUCCAAAAAGUCAACCUUUUGCAGUAUUUGAAGAUCUUAUUCAACCAUCUCAGGCAUUGUUAUAUAGGCUAUCUGGUGAUUAUAAUCCUCUCCAUUCAGAUCCUAUGAUUGCUAAAGUUGCGGGAUUCUCCUGUCCAAUAUUGCAUGGGCUAUGCACACUUGGAUUUGCAGUUAGGGCCAUCAUCAAAUGCAUUUGUAGAGGAGAUGCAACCAUUGUUAAGAACAUAUUUGGGCGAUUCCUUUUACAUGUGUACCCUGGUGAAACCUUGAUCACUGAAAUGUGGCUUGAUGGUUUGAGGGUUAUAUAUCAGGCAAAGGUAAAAGAAAGAAACCGGGCAGUUUUGUCAGGCUUUGUGGGCCUCCAUCAUUUAACAUCAUCGCUGUAAAUUAAUUUCGUAGGUAUCAAACAAGAGGAUUUGACUCUCUAAAUUUAUUUCUUAAAUAAUGGUUGCUAGACCUUAUCAUUGCAAGAGAGAAUUUGCUUGUUAAAGGAAUAAGAAUAGCUUUCAUGGUGUUCAAGAAAAGCGUGAACUGUGGUUUUAUUACAGAUUUACGGUGAUCCUCUUAUUUUCAUUCCAGAUAAACAAAUUUUAUCGAUACAAUUACAAAGAUCUUUGCUUCUAUUCUGCCCUA